AUGACUAGGGGACGAGGACGGCCGAAAAAAAUGGUGUCACUGUUGCCGGUAUGUCAAGCGAAGAUUCAUACACCUAGCAACAAGGAGGACCAAGCUGAAUCGAAUUCUCACAUGAAUGAAGCUGAUGAUACACAAAUCGAAAGUCAUGAAAAGGAAAGAGAUGAUGAACGAGGGAUUGAGAAAACAACAGAAACCCAACAAAUAAAAUGGUGGAGAUUAGAAAAUUAUGGGUUGACAUUCUAA